CGCUGUGUGUACUGAUAAACAACCGGGCAGUAUCUUUUAGGGGUAGGUUGAAAGGAAUGAACAAGUAAGCACCCACAAGAGAAAGAACUUCUGCUUUGACGCACAGCCCGGUAGAGCACUGUGGCUGGCGUGGGGAGUUGGGAGAAUUGGGGCAAAUAUUUGGUUAUUCGAUUGCAGAGCCAAGGAGCAUGUUAAAUUACUUUCGCAGGAAUCUCAUUUGUCUGAAGCCCUGUGGCACACUGAUGCGAGGCACACACAGCCCGUCCCGGGUGUGCGAUGCAAUGCCAUUUGCUUCGGGGGCUGUGCUUUCUUGCAUUUUGUCUGCUCACUGGAGUAAGCCGGUGCCCCCAGCUGGGACGACAGGACAGGGUAGCUCGGGUGUGCAGAGAGGAACUCAGGAUGGUCAACGCAGAUGAGGCAGACCGUUCACGUUUUGUGCAAAGGACUCCAAAGUGUCACUGUGACAGCUGAGCGUUAUGAGUGAUUUCAGGGCAGAGGGGGCAGGGAAACCCGAGCCGAGCCCGCCUGGUGGGGAAGCCGGUAGAGAUAGAUUCUGCUGCACGACGGCCUGGGUUUGACUCUCGGAUCUGCCCCUGCUCUCGGGCUGCCUCUCAAUCCGGCUGUGCCUGGCCUGCUCGCAUCUGAGAAGAGGCAUAAUAAUAGCAUCUACUUCACAGAGACUAUUGCCAGGACUGGAAGAAUCAAUGCACUGCACCAGAGCGGGGCUUGGAACCAGUACACGUCCUGCAGUUACUAUUUUGAUGCCCAUCAGUGAUCGCAACAGCCCGCUCUCCUUUUCUAAACCUGGUAGUUUUCCUCUCCGGGCUCAUCACUUUCACCCUCCUGCUUCUCACCUCGGCCCUAGGAAGCAGGCAGAUACUAUCAUUGCUGAUGAGGAACCGGCAGGCAGGGGGGUAGGUGGGCUGCCAAGCGCCCCAGCGGGGAGCCAGGUCAGGCGCCUGGCUCGGGCCCCCAGCGCUUUCUAGAUCUGGCGAUAAAGCCUCCGCUAAGGGAGCAGCCCUGGGUUUGGUUCAAAUCCUGCCUUCUCAUCCGUGAUGUCAUUGAGCCCUCAACCCACACGGUACCCGUGACGGUACGAUGCGCUGCUAGAUCAGAUUUUCUUCAUGAAGAUUCGGUUCCAAAAGCUAUUAGAGAUGUGGUUUAGAACCCAGCCACGUCGUGCCUGUCCGGCUACGCUCGCUCUGUUUGCGUUUCUUGAUGCACGGAACAGGUGCGGGGUGAUGUUUGAACGGUCCCCCUCUCCUUUGCUCUGCGAAACCAGGAUGGCAGCGCCUUGGAGCAGCCGCUUUGCCGACGGGGGGAGCUAAAGCUGAAAAGCAGGGGUUCUUUGCGGCUCAGCAGAUGCUAAGGCGAUAAGCUGCACCUUUUAGAGCCUCUGGGAGGCUCAGCCAGCCUGGGCUGAGCGCGCGGGGGGCCUGUCCGCUUCUCUGGUCUCCAGCAGCUGCGGUCAUGGACGCGUGUCUGAGCUCCGAGCAGCGGUCCCAGCACCUGCAGGAAGGACCAUGCACCCCGGAUGGCUGCUCCGCGCCGGAGGGGGCUCCCCGGGAGGAAGACACCGGUGGCCCUCCAGGAGGCUCUAACAGGAUAGAACCAUCCCUUCACAGCCUCCAGCAGUUCAUUCCUACAGACUAUGAGAGCUACACUCAGGAGCACUAUCUGUUUGCAGGCACGAAGAUUGUCAUCCAGGAGUCGAUAGAGAGCUACGGCGCGGUGGUGUGGCCGGGGGCUACGGCUUUGUGUCAGUACUUGGAAGAACAUUCAGAGGAACUGAAUCUCCAAGACGCUAAAAUUCUUGAAAUUGGUGCUGGACCAGGCCUUGUUUCCAUUGUGGCCAGUAUUUUAGGAGCGCAAGUCACAGCAACGGAUCUGCCCGACGUCCUAGGAAACCUUCAGUACAAUCUCUUGAAGAACACGUUAAAACGUACAGCGCAUCUGCCCGAAGUGAGAGAACUGGUUUGGGGGGAAAGUCUGGAGCAACGCUUCCCCAGGUCAUCGUUUCAUUACGACUACGUCCUGGCCUCGGACGUGGUUUAUCACCACUACUUCCUGGACAAGCUGCUCGCCACCAUGGCGCACCUCUGCCAGCCGGGGACGGUGCUGCUUUGGGCGAACAAAUUCAGGUUCAGCACCGACUACGAAUUUUUAGAUAAAUUCAAGCAAGUUUUUGAUACAACGCUCUUGGCUGAAUUUCCAGAGGCAUCGGUCAAAAUUUUCCAAGGAAUACUAAAAUGGGAUUAGACAGAAUGCCUUUCAAAACGUUAGUGUGUCUGUUGAGUGGUGUUAGAAAUUGGACUGUCAGUAAAAGAGCUUUUAUAAGACUGAGAAGCUAGUGCAUAAAAACGACCUGUAUGCUUAGAAUAAUGGUGUAGCAGCUUUCUAAAAGAACCUAUUUAAGAUGAACUGGUUAAUCUAAAUAUCUACAAAGGAUAAUAUGAAAACGUAAAAGUACCUUUGUUGGCUUCCAAAAGGGCUCAAUUGUUUAAUACACUUCAUACGAAUACAUUAGUUAAGGAGUGGAUUUCCCCCUUGUUAUUUCUCCUGUGAAUCUGUCAAUGCACUUUGGUCAUGUGCCUUUUGAAACUGAGCUUGACAGGGUCCUUCUAACAAUUUUGAAGAAUCUACCUAUACAAUUUCAGCUGCAGUGAAGGGAGAGGAUCUUGAGUGACAGUGAACUUAGGCUUACCAUUAAUUAAAAGUGAAAAAUACUGGAUUGUGGAAAGGGAUAUUAUCUUAGGAACUUCAUAAGAUAAUUUACUUUACAAAUAUCCUGCUCCUGUGCCAAUUAAUUGCCUGCAACCAUUUCAAGUUAGAUUUCUGGAUUGUCUGCUUUUUUCCCCCCUCAACUUUGAUUUAUGAUUAAAAUUCCUAGAAGGGGCGCCUGGGUGGCUCAGCCGGUUAAGCGUCCGACUUCUGCUCAGGUCAUGAUCUCACCAUCCAUGAGCUCGAGCCCCACGUUGGGCCCUGUGCUGACAGCUCGGGGCCUGGAGCCUGCUUCGGAUUCUGUGUCUCCCUCUCUCUCUGCCCUUCCCCCGCUCCUGCUCUGUCUCUGUCUCUCAGUCUCAAAAAUGAAUGUUAAAAAAAAAUUAAAAAAAUAAAAUUCCUAGCAAAGUAGGAAAGAAUGGGAUUUUUGUUUGUUCUGAUAAAGGAAGGCUAUGAAAAAUCUAAAACAAACAUCACUACUAUAAAAUGUUAAAAGCUUCUUCUCUGAGAUGGGGGAAAAUGAAAAAUUCAGCUACCACCAUUUCUCAGCAUUAUCCUGGAGGUUUUAGCCAAUGUAAUAAAGGAGAGGAAUAAAACACACACAUUUAGAAUGGAAGAAAGAAAAGGGACCCUAUUCGUGGGUGAUAUGAUUGUUGAUAGAGGCCAGGGGCAGCAAACAUUUCUCUGUAAAGGCCAGCUAAUAAAUAUCUUCAAGCUACAUACCAUGUCUACGGAAUAUACACAUAUAUAUUUUACAACCAUUUAUAAAAAUUCAAGACUCACUCCUGGCUUGUGGAACCUGUGAAAAACAGGCUAUGGAUUAAACUUGUGUAGGACAUGGUUUGCUGGCCCUGGAACGACAGAUAAUCUACAGUGGAACAAUUGGAAUUCAUAAGAGUUUAGGAGGGGCACCUGGGUGGCUCAGUCGGUUAAACAUCUGACUUUGGCUCAGGUCAUGAUCUCACAGUUCCUGAGUUCCAGCCCCACGGACAGCUCAGAGCCUGGAGCCUGAUUUGGAUUCUGUAUCUCCCACUCUCUCUGCCCCUUCCCCUGCUUGUGCUGUCUCUCUCUCUCUCUCUCAAAUUAAAAAAAAAAAAAAAAAAGUUCAG